UCAGUGCUGAGUUCUGCAGGGCAGCUUAGCUGGGCUCUCCCCCUGCUCCCACUAUGGAUCAUCAUAGAAUGGUUUGGAUUGGAGGAGACAUUAAAGCCUAUCUCGUUCCAACCCCUGCCACGGGCAGGGACACCUUUCACUAGACCAGGUUUCUCCAAGCCCUGUCCAGCCUGACCUUCAACACUUCCAGGGAUGGGGAUAACUAUUCCAAAAGCAGUGGUUGAUGCUGGGAGGCCCAGGACAGCCCUUCUGGGGUGUGUCAGUAGCACAACAUGUGUGCUCACCCUAUCAAAACCCUUAUCAGUGCUUUUAGGUGGCACCUCUCCAAAUAGGCGUACCCAGCAGUGCCAAAUAAUUAACAGCUUUUCACCUACUCCCUGGAUUUUUAGCAGCUUGAGGAUCAUUAAGCCUCCAGUUUGGCAGCUGCCCAGGUUUAAUUAGUUUUCAUCUAAACUCUUUACUCCCUUUCUGUGAUUCUCUUGUUGGACCGGUGUGACAUACCCACAGCUCAGCUUCAGUGCAGCUCAGAAUCAGGAACUCCACAGGGAAUUUACUUCUGGGGUUUUUUAAAGUUAUAGACAUUGUGGUUGAGCAAAUGAGAUGGGUAGUGUUCUGAGAAGCACAACAGAGGUAGAAAUCCUUUGGUGGGGCAGGACCUGGGCUCCUUUAUCAACUCAAGCACUUUCUGCUGUUCAUUGCACCCUCAUGGUUUUGAACACCCAUGGUGGUUUUGAAGCUGAGAUGGGGAGUAAGCUCUUUAACACCUCCAAAAAUUCCCCCCCCUCCAGGUUUGCCAGCCUGGGACCCAGAAUCUAGCAUGUCCCUUUGCUCUGGGGUGUGUGGUUGGGUUUGAUGGUGGCAUUUGACAUGUGGAGCAGCAGCCCAGGUGCAAGGAUGUGGUGGGGUCGGGAGCUGCAGCACAGAGGGCUCAUGUACUACCCUCAGUGUGGAGGCAGAAACCUGGUUCCUUCACUUGGCAGAGGCCCUGCUUCCCCAUGGAGGCACGAGGGGGGUCAGGAAGCUGCUGCCUUCUCCAGGAGCAUAUGGAGGAUGUUGAGCUGCUGCAGCAUGUCAGCUGGAUGUGCCACAGACUGGAUCAUGCUCAAGCAAUGCUAGUUAGUCAAUAAAACCACAACAAGUCAGUCUUUAGUCCCUUCUGCCCAUAGCUGUAGAGGUUCUGUCAGAGAGGGGAGGAGUGGGAGCCCCUCUGCUCUGGAGACAGGCUGGGAGAGAUGAGAUGUGUGUUUUGGACAUCCCCUGCCCUGCAGCGGGACAGCUCUGACCAUCUGCUGGUCACUGAGCACAGCAGGGCCCCGGCCCCAGGGGCGUCCAGCUCCCUUUAGAGGCAGCAGACCCUGGCUGUGUCCAACAGUUUGCACCCCUUGGGGGCCUGCCAGCCUUGGAAAGGGGCUGUGGGACCCAAACCUGCCCCUGAAGAGAUGAACCAGAGGGUCAGCUCGUGGCCAAGGACCCUGGAGCCUGGUGGUGAUGACACCACUUAAAGGGUCAGACUGGAGCCUCUGAGCCCCGUGGCCAGUGGCCCUUGUGGCAGGGGAUGUCACCUCAGGGCAGGACUGAGCCCUGUUACCUGCCCUGAGGGCUCUGUGUGGAUGGGAUGAGCGUGGGGACCGUGGGUGGCCCACGGAGCAGCCUGGCACAGCGAGUCCUGUUGGCUUUGCUGGAGAGCAGGAGCUGCAAGGUCAUCCCCCAGGCAGCCCAGCAGGAUGGGCCUCCUGCUCUAUGGAUCUGGGAACAGACAGACAGGGAGAGGAGAGCGGGAAGGACCUUGUCAAAGCUCCUUCACACCCACAGCUGUGGGCCCAUCACCUUCCCUUGGUGGCUGGAGCCCAGAAAGGCAGAGAGCACAGUAAGCAGCAGAGCUGGCGUCUUGGGCAGAGGGUUUAGCAGCCCUUGGCUCUCCCUUGUGCUGUGAGGAUGGAGCUUGAGCUGGAUGCUGAGACAAAACUGCCCACAGCCAUCCCAGCUUACCAGAGCAGCACUGGGAGCAACCAUCCCAAAACUACUCACCCCCAAGCUUCCAGGGCUCAGCAUCCCCAGAGCUGAGCUUUACCUGUGCGUGGGAAAACAGCCUGUGGAAAGGAACCCACACAUCUGCUCCUCCUGGAGGUGCUGGGGUGCUCAGGUGACCUUCGGGGAGGCACUGGCCCCCCGACUGUGGGGGUGGUGAGGGCCGCAGGGGAGCCGGGGCCACCUGACGUCAGGAGCCCGGGUCUCCUGGGACACCGGGAUCUCUGCCAGCGUGGUGAGGUUGGCCCCAGGGAGCACGAACCAGUUCCUGGCUCCGACAGCCGCCCUGCCCUCUUAAUGAGGGAUAAUGAGGUGCAUCUCAUCACCGCUGCAGACUUGCCCCCUGGCCACGCCAGCUGCAAGCGAAGCCCCCGGGAAGGACCGGGAAGGAAGGAUGGAGGGACUGGGGGAAGAGGGGCUCCAGCCGGGGGCUCCGCGGGGCUGUGAUCUGCAGGGGCACGGGCAGGGGGAUCCAGGAGGGGAGCGCUGGGGCAGUGGCUGUGUGCCAAGGAGCCAUGGGCUGAUCGGUGCCUCCAGCCCCAAUCGAUGGCCCUGGCACAUCUCUGGAGGAACCUUUUCCGAUUCCAGACCUCACCUGGGUGAAGGAACCACACCCUCAACAUCUGUGGGGGCACAUCCAGUAGCCCAACAGGCUGUGACCGUCACCCUGUCCGGCAGCCCACGGCCAGCACAAGUGCCCAGAUGUCCCCCUGGCAGCCCAGCAUGGCACCAUGAACCCCUCGGUGCCAGGUGCUGGCACGGGAACAGACAGAGCUGCAGUGGCCGGGAACGAGACGGGCUGGAAAGGAGACUGGUGUUUUGCUGCAGGGGAGGGAGGGCUCAGGCGGGACUGGGCUGUGCUGUGCUGUCCCAGCCCCGCUCCGACAGCUUAUCCCCCUGCACAGGUCACACGAGGCUGGGGGAUGCUGGUCCUUGCUGUGGGACAGCCUGGGGACUUCAAAUCCCUGACUCAGCAGAUUUGGGGCAUGGGAGCUCUGUGUGCUGAGGGGUGGCCCAGCAUCCCUGGAUGCGUGGCUGGGUGGGUGGUGGGUGUCAAGGGUUGUUCCCAUUGCUACUGUCUGCUCUCUGCUUUUGACUCCCCUCUUGGACUGCACCCAGUGGUCCCCAGAGCCCCUGCCUGGCUGGUGCUGCACCCACAGGCCUCUGUUGCAGCUGGCACAACACCACAUAACCCCCUGCCCUGGCUGUCAAUGCAGCUCAUAACCCCAUGCUCUGGCUGGCACUGAACCCCAUAGCCCCCUGCCCCUGCUGGCACUGCACCCCGUAACCCCUUGCCCUGGCACUGCACCCCCUUGUGCCUUCCUCGCUGGCACUGCCCUGCACAGCCCCCCAACCCUGUUGGCACUGCACUCUGUAACCCCUUCCUAGCUGGCAUUUUAUGCAGGGUCCCCUGUCCAGCUGGUACUGCACCCCACAGCUAGCUGACUGUGCCCACUAGCACUGCACCCUAUAGCCCUGUGCCGGUGGGGCUGCACCCCGCAACAGCUGGUGCUGUACCCCCAACAGCUGGUGCUGUACCCCCAACAGCUGGUACUGCACCCCAACAUCUGGCCCUGCACUCCAUGCCUGGGCUGCCGUGCACAAGUCCCUGAGCCCUGCCCUGGCACUGCUGCCGUGCAGAGCCAUCCCACACCCUGCCUGUUCACACAAGGACCAUGGGGCAGCACCUGCCUGCAGGCACCCCAAAAGCACCUCCUGGGUGAAGUGGGGCCUGGCCGGGCUUCGCCUGGGCGUGAAGGGAGCCUGAGCGCAGGAGGGGCCAGGCGAGGCGGGAGGAAUGCGAGUGGGAGAGCGGCCGGGCAUGUAGCGACAGCUCCUGGGGCACGCGGCGCCGGGAUCCCACACGCUGCACGGGGCAGGGAGCAGAGCCCCAGCAACAGGGCUGGGGUCGGCAUGGGGCACCCCACUGCUCACCCUUUCUGAGAGGUGGGAGCGCAGGGCGGGGAGAGCCCCGAGGGCAGCACGGCCACCGUGGGGGUCCCGGCCCCGGGAAGCUCAGCUCUGAGGUGAAGGGGCUGGAAAUCCCCCAGCGGGUGAUGCCUGGCUGAGCCCACACGAGGUGCUGAGGAUCCUGGGGGCCGAGGGGCCGCUAUGACCCCCGAGAAGGUGCUGAGGGAGGGGGUGCUGGAGAAGCGGAGCGGGGGGCUGCUACAGCUCUGGAAGAAGAAGCGGUGCCUGCUGACAGAGAAGGGGCUGCAGCUCUUCGAGCCCAAGGGCUCGCGGCGCAAGGAGCUGAGCUUCGCCCGCAUGAAGGCGGUGGAGUGCGUGGAGUGGAAGGAGCGGCACAUCUACUUCACGGUGGUGAUGGACGACAGCCACGAGAUUGACUUCCGCUGCGCCCAGGAGGACCCGGGCUGGAACGCCGAGAUCACCAUGGGCCUCGUCCGCUUCAAGAACCAGCAGGCGAUCCAGGUCGUCCGCGCCCGGCACAGCUGCCGAGCAGUGGUGCAGUUCGACACAGCCCCAGUGGGACAGCCCAUGGACAUGCAGCAUCCAAGGAGUCGGAUGGAGAUGGCUCUCGGCUCGGCAGGAGGUGGGGAGAAUGGGAUCCCAGCGGGCAAGUGAGGCCACCACUGUGCAGCCCAAGGACAAGGACGGUGGCCCCAGAGAGGCCAGUGCGGGCACUGGCUCCCCCUGCCCUGGGGCAGGACAGAGGCACUGCAGGGGCUGGCCUGGCACGGCAGCAGGGGCCAAGCCACAUCCCCUUGGCACGAAGGGGCAAAGGACACAGCCAUGGCUACCAUCUGGGGCUCUGGACAUGGCAGGAGGUGACAUCCUUGUCCAGGGGCCCACCACCCUUCAGCUGACAUGUGCAGGACCUUGGUGCACUGGUGGGGACACCUGGGCCUCUCCUGCGGGACAGGGGAUGGAUGAGGCUGUGCCCGAAGGAAGCAGUGGAACAGGGAGCUCUGCCUGUGUGACAGUGACACUGGGACAGAUGGAUGUGGCUGGGGACACGGAUCCCCCUGAGCCCCCAUGUUGAGAAGGGGCUGGACUUUGUCCUACCCUGGGAUGUCCUUGAGAUGAUGGGGAAUGCUGGGAGGGCACUGGGGACCCCCACUCCUUGUACCAAAAGUGUCCCCAAACAGGACCUUCUGCUUCUUA